AUGGCCACCUUCCAGAGAGCCGUUGUUUCGCUCCUCUUGAUCCUCUCCAUCACCUUUGUCUUCUUUGCCCAGGCCUCUGAGGCUACCAAGGGUCCCAAGAUCACCCACAAGGUCUACUUCGACAUCAAGCAUGGCGACGAGGACCUAGGCCGCAUUGUCAUGGGCCUUUACGGCAAGACGGUUCCCAAGACCGCCGAGAACUUUCGUGCUCUCGCUACUGGCGAGAAGGGCUUCGGUUACCAGGGCUCUGGUUUCCACCGCAUUAUCAACGCGUUCAUGAUUCAGGGUGGUGACUUUACCAAGGGCGAUGGCAAGUGCACCGGCGGCAAGUCCAUUUACGGCGAAAAGUUCCCCGACGAGAACUUCAAGCUCAAGCACAGCCGCAAGGGUCUCCUCAGCAUGGCCAACGCCGGCAAGGACACAAACGGCAGCCAGUUCUUCAUUACCACGGUCAUCACCAGCUGGCUCGAUGGCCGCCACGUCGUCUUCGGAGAGGUCCUUGAAGGUUACGACGUGGUGGAGAAGAUUGAGGGUGUGGAAAAGGGCCCCGGCGACAAGCCUAAGAAGCCCGUCACGAUUGCCAAGAGCGGCGAGCUCGAGGUACCAGCGGAAGGUAUUCACGCGGAACUCUAG